AUGAAAUGGCGGGGCAUUCUUCAAAAUGUCUCUCAGCGUCCCAAGGAGAUCUCCAGCAUGGCCAGAGCAAGAUGGCGACACGGCGGCCUCGGCCAGCGGCUCCGGAAUGACAUAUCAGAAAUUGGCAGGAGUGCCAAGUCUUACUGUGAGCACACAGCCAGGACGCAGCCCACGCUGUCGGAUAUUCUGGUCACGCUAGUUGAGAUGGGUUUCAAUGUGGACACUCUCCCUGCUUAUGCAAAACGGUCUCAGAGGAUGGUCAUCACGGCACCUCCUGUGACCAAUCAGCCAGUGACCCCCAAGGCCCUCACUGCAGGUCAGAACCGGCCCCACCCGCUGCACAUCCCCAGCCAUUUUCCCGAGUUUCCCGAUCCUCACACCUACAUCAAAACUCCGACCUACCGCGAGCCCGUGUCUGACUACCAGGUCCUGCGGGAGAAGGCCGCCUCCCAUAGGCGCGACGUGGAGCGCGCACUCACCCGGUUCAUGGCUAAGACAGGCGAGACCCAGUCUCUUUUCAAGGACGAUGUCAGCACAUUCCCAUUGAUCGCUGCCAGGCCCUUCACCAUCCCCUAUCUGACGGCGCUUCUCCCCUCUGAGCUGGAGAUGCAGCAAAUGGAAGAGACUGACUCCUUGGAGCAGGAUGAGCAGAUGGACACCGAGAACCUCGCUCUCCACGUCAGCACGGACGACUCUGGAGCCGAGAAGGAGAACGCUUCUGUUCUACAGCAGAACCCCGCCUUGCCGGGCAGCCGGAACGGGGAGGAGAGCGUCAUGGACAACCCCUAUCUGAGGCCCGUGAAGAAGCCCAAGAUCCGCAGGAAGAAGUCCCUGUCGUAAGCUGAGGCAGGAGCCCGGCCCGUCAGGACACGACACUCCUGCGCAGGGGCGUGAAGGGCACGAGGGGAGCGGAAAGGGCGACCUGUGGCCACGCGGAAGCUGCAGUGUGAGCAGCGUGAAG